AUGGCCUGGAACCCUGAUCCAGGCAGGCUGAUGGUCCAUCAGACCUCACACCACCAUAACCAUAACCACCAUCACCACCCAUCAAACUCAAUAGAUGGCGACACAUUAAGGCCGCGAGCGGACUCAUUCGCCUCAUCGGCAGAUACUAUGGUCCGCUCGCGCGCUAAUUCAGACGUCCAUCCAGCCCACGCCGUCAACGCCGUCUACGACGACGUCUCAUUGUCUGAUGCUCUAACCCCAGACCCAAGAAAUGAAAAUGACUUCCAAGUUGAAGAUAACAGAUUCGCCUUCUCCCCGGGCCAGCUGAAUAAAAUGCAGAACCCAAAGUCCCUCGCUGCGUUCCAUGCUCUUGGUGGUCUGCAGGGACUGGAGCGUGGUCUACGCACUGAUCUUGACGCCGGCUUAUCAGUCGAUGAAGGCUGUCUUGAAGGUGCCGUUGACUUUGAGGAGGUUGCCCCGUCCACGCAUAUAAAGUCAACUGCCAAGUCAAUACCUAAGACAAGGGAGAGCCCCCCUCCCGCGCCGGUGUCUUCGGGGGCUGGACAGCCCUUUGAGGAUCGGAUUCGGGUUUUCAGUCAGAAUCGACUGCCGGCGCGGAAGUCGACGGGCUUCUUUAAAUUGUUCUGGAUUGCUUAUAAUGAUAAGAUUAUUAUCUUGUUGACUAUUGCCGCUGUUGUCUCGUUAUCGCUUGGGAUAUACGAGACUGUUGACGGCGGCACGGGCGUCGACUGGGUGGAAGGUGUGGCCAUCUGUGUGGCUAUCCUCAUUGUGACUAUUGUUACUGCUGCCAAUGACUGGCAAAAGGAACGCCAGUUUGCUAAACUUAACCAACGGGUUCGUAUACUUCCCAUCCCCUUCCACGAGACGAAUACCAAAUUUAACACAUCCCAGAAUAACGACCGUGAAGUCAAAGUCACCCGCUCCGGAAAAUCAACAAUGGUCUCUAUAUACGACAUUCUAGUCGGCGACGUGCUGCACCUAGAACCAGGCGACGCAAUCCCAGCAGAUGGCGUCCUGAUAACCGGCCACGGAGUGAAAUGCGACGAAUCCUCCGCUACCGGCGAAUCAGACGCAAUGAAAAAAACGCCCGGUCAUGAAGUCUGGCAGCAGAUUGUUGAUGGGAGGGCUACGAAGAAACUCGAUCCGUUCCUUAUUUCUGGUUCCAAGGUGCUUGAGGGUGUGGGCACCUAUCUUGUUACUAGCGUUGGGCCUUAUUCUACUUAUGGAAGGAUUUUGCUUUCGUUGCAGACUCCUAAUGAUCCGACGCCUUUGCAGGUUAAGCUUGGGAAGUUGGCGGAUUGGAUUGGGUAUCUUGGUACUGCGGCUGCUGGUAUCUUGUUCUUUGUUCUGUUCUUCCGGUUUGUUGCAGAUUUGCCUAAUCAUCCCGAGAAGAAUGGUGCUAUGAAGGGCAAGGAGUUCGUUGAUAUUCUUAUUGUUGCGGUUACUGUUAUUGUUGUUGCUAUCCCGGAGGGUCUCCCAUUGGCAGUGACAUUGGCUUUGGCCUUUGCCACAACUCGAAUGGUCAAAGAGAACAACCUCGUCCGUGUGCUUCGAGCUUGCGAGACAAUGGGAAAUGCCACUGUAAUCUGCUCCGACAAGACAGGCACACUUACCCAGAACAAGAUGACAGUCGUUGCUGGAACCUGGGGCUCGGAUCAGAGUUUCAGCCAGACGAUUGAUGGUGAAGAGGAAGCUCAGCGCCCGGUGAGCACUUCUGAGAUCUCUCAGCAACUCUCAGCCUCGAUUCGAGACUUGAUUAUCAAGAGUGUUGCCUUGAACUCGACUGCUUUCGAGCAGGAAAAGGACGGUGGUAAAGAGUUUGUCGGUAGUAAGACUGAGGUCGCUCUGCUCCAGCUCGCUCGUGAUUUCAUGGGCAUGGAUCUUGUUUCGGAGCGUGGCUCUGCCGAAAUCGUUCAGUUGAUUCCCUUUGAUUCUGCCAGGAAGUGCAUGGGUGUUGUAUACCGUGUCCCUGGCUUGGGAUAUCGUCUCCUGGUCAAGGGAGCAUCUGAACUGAUGGUCCGCGUUUGCACUGCCCAAAUUGCGAAUAUCGAUUCCUCCAAGGAGAGAAUUGAUGUUGAGCAGCUUUCUGACAAACAAAACCUGCAUAUUUUGGAACUCAUCGAUAACUACGCUCACAAAUCUCUUCGGACGAUUGGCAUGGUUUAUAAGGAUUUCGCCAGCUGGCCACCCGCAGAGGCUAAGAACCCUGAAGACCCUUCUUCAGCCAACUUCGAAGACGUCUUCCAUGGCAUGACCUGGGUCGGCGUUGUAGGUAUUCAAGAUCCCCUGCGCCCUGAGGUCCCGCCAGCCAUUCGCAAAUGCCACUCUGCGGGUGUGCAAGUCAAGAUGGUGACAGGAGACAACGUCGCCACAGCCACAGCCAUCGCAUCUUCCUGUGGAAUCAAGACAGAGGAUGGACUGGUCAUGGAAGGACCCAAGUUCCGACAACUGUCAGAUGCAGAGAUGGACGAAGUCAUCCCCCGUCUACAAGUUUUGGCACGGUCAUCGCCGGAAGAUAAGCGUAUCCUGGUCGAACGGCUCAAGGUUCUCGGUGAGACUGUUGCCGUGACUGGUGAUGGUACUAAUGAUGGACCGGCUUUGCGAACUGCAGAUGUCGGUUUCUCCAUGGGUAUUGCUGGUACGGAAGUCGCCAAGGAAGCCAGUUCGAUUAUCCUGCUCGAUGAUAAUUUCCGGUCUAUUGUUACGGCUAUCUCUUGGGGUCGGGCUGUUAAUGAUGCUGUUGCCAAGUUCUUACAGUUCCAGAUUACGGUUAACAUCACUGCUGUCGUGCUUACUUUUGUUUCGUCUGUUUACAGCAGUGAUAACACUAGUGUGUUGAAUGCUGUGCAAUUGCUCUGGGUGAACUUGAUCAUGGAUACGUUCGCUGCUUUGGCUCUAGCGACUGAUGCCCCCACAGAACAGAUCCUCGACCGUAAACCCGUUCCUAAACACGCCUCCCUCUUCACUCUUACUAUGUGGAAGAUGAUCCUCGGCCAAGCAGUCUACCAGCUGGCAGUGACAUUCAUGCUCUAUUUCGCCGGCGACAAACUCCUCAACGCCCACCUCAGCUCAGACCCUACUCACCCAGAGCUCCGUGAGAAGGAACUGUCAACUGUGGUAUUCAACACAUUCGUCUGGAUGCAGAUCUUCAACGAAUUCAACAACCGCCGCUUGGACAACAAAUUCAAUAUCUUCGAAGGCAUGUUCCGCAACUACUGGUUCCUAGGAAUCAACACUAUAAUGGUCGGCGGCCAAGUCAUGAUCAUUUACGUCGGCGGCGAGGCUUUCGGUGUUACCCGCCUGAGUGGCAUCCUCUGGGGUGUCUGUAUCAUCUGCGCUAUUGCCUGUCUGCCUUGGGCAGUUGUCCUCCGCGUUAUUCCCGACAGGCAUUUCGGAGUUGUCUUUAAUGCCGUUGUCGGUGCUAUGUCUCUUGUCCUGCGGCCUAUUCUCAAGGGCUGCAAGGUCCUUGGUCGGGGUAUCAAGGCUUUCUUCCGUCCUGUGAAGCGGGCUACUCGUCGUGUCUUCAAGAAGUCGCAGCCGGAAGUUAACGAUGCGGUUAAUCCUCAGUCUUCUGAGUCUUCUGAUAUUGAGCAAGCUUCUGCUCCGUAUGAAUUGAGUAAGCAGAAGUCGAUGUCCCCUGAGCGUCCUGUUACGCCUCGUGCUAUUGCUGUUCCUCCUAUUACGAUUACUGCCUCUCCUUGA